CGCACCCUUAUCUUAGAAACUGCAGGGAACUUAACAUUGUUUCCUUUAUUCGUUAAUAUUUAUAAGAAAAAGAUGUUACAAUGGAGGUUUCCGAAUCCAAUGAGCUCAAUAAUAGAAACACUACCCAAAUAAAUAUUGAAGAAUUAGAUUUUGAAAUAUUGCCCGUUAUUUACGAAAUCAUUCGCAGUGUAGAAAGAGAUCCUCACGAUAACGCAGCAAAAGCACGGGAAUCGCAAGAUUGUUCACAAAAAGUAUUAGAAUUGCAAAAGAAACUUGAUCAAGCGAGAGCACAGAUACGACGUUUGCCUGGUAUUGAAUUUAGCCGUGAACAACAAUUACAAAGAUUGGAAGCAUUAAAAACUCAACUACGUUUAAAACAAGAAUUAUUACAAAAGUAUCGUCACAUGUGUUCAUUAGAUUCAAUUAAAGCAUAAAAUUAAUAUGGUGUUUCGUUUUAUAUUUCGAUAUUUGUCAAACAAUGAGAAGUUGAUUGAACGAUUAAGUGAAUCGUAUCCAAUUCGGCGAGCUGCACAAAUAACUGUGGAGUUUAUG